AUGAUUGGACGGUAUUUAGAUAAGAUCGUCCUAGUCGUCGUUUUGGGUUACAUAUUCUUCAACAUAUAUACAUUUUAUGAAGUAUUUUAUCCAUCUGCUUGUACAGAUACGAAAUCCUGCAUUUCUCCAGCAUUCCCAGUAGAUGAAAAAUUAACAAUUGAAGGAUUGGUUUAUGAAAAACGCAGUGACACAGAAUCUUUUGAAUUUACCACGGAAUCUUUUAAUAUGGACAUUGGCUUGAAAUUCGAAACCCAAUUUAAAGUCCCACCAUCUGUGUUCAGAAAUGGGACAGCAACGCUUGAUUUUGUUAUAAAAUCUCAUAAAAAGUCUAAAAUAUACUCAAACAAAGUUGCUAUUGCCACUCAUCGUCAACCAGUUCCUAAGGCUUUCAACUUAAUAGCUACAAAUGAUAAUGAAACAGUUAGGUAUCCUCUUCAGCCAACUACUCACUGGUUAUCUCAUCUUCAAGUCUUCGUCCUCAAAGAUGCGAUUUCCUUUCCAGUUAAUGGGAUUCCACCAGAGCUUUUACCUAUUUUUCAUGCAUUUAAAGAGAAAUCAGAUCUAAUCUACUUCCCACUUGUCUACGCAAAUCCUCAACUGCAACCGACGUUUUACUGGAAGGAAUUACCCGAAGAACCUUCCGAAAAGCUCAAUUUCACCCUAGAAGUAGUUCCUCUUUCAAUCGGCAAAUUUCGUCUAAGGUGCAUUCUGGCUCAGGCAGCGGAACAGUUAAAAUCCAUGGGUGUUAAGGAUAAGGACAUUGAGGAUAUUCAAGGCCUAUUCACUGAAACGAAUCUCUACCUUCUAGUUACCACCAUUGUUGUUUCUGCUUUCCAUCUCUUCUUUGAUUUUCUCGCCUUCAAAAAUGAUGUUCAAUUCUGGCGACGUGCAGAAAAUACCUCUGGUAUAUCUUUUCGUACUGUUAUUUGGCGCUGUAUCAGCACAAGCAUAAUCUUCCUCUACCUCUAUGAGGAGAAAAGCAGUAUGCUCGUCGUUGUACCUGCAGGAAUCUCCAUGGUGAUUGAGUACUGGAAACUCUGUCGAAUGGCUAAGGUCACUUUCACGUUCAGAAGCGGUAUCACUAUUGGACAGCGUAACAAAGAGGAAAAGGAGACUGAUGAGCUAGAUGCGAACUUCAUGCGAUGUUUGUUGCUCCUAAUGAUGCCACUCUGUAUUGGAGGUGCUAUAUAUUCGCUUCUCUAUAUGCCUCAUAAAAGUUGGCGGUCCUGGAUUUUACAAACUGCAGUAAAUGGUGUAUACGCGUUUGGUUUCCUUUUGAUGACUCCUCAAUUAUUCAUAAACUACAAACUUAAAUCUGUGGCGAAUUUACCUUGGCGUGCGCUUACUUACAAGGCUUUCAAUACCUUCAUCGACGAUUUCUUCGCUUUCAUAAUAAAAAUGCCCACCGCACACAGGAUGGCCUGCUUCAGAGAUGACAUUAUCUUCUUGGUUUAUAUGUAUCAACGUGAGACUUUGAUUACCAAACUGCAUGUCUCAAAUAGAGUUUGGAAAGGCACGCCAAAACUUAUUCUUGGAACGACUAAUAAACUCCCUUACUUGGUUCUGGGUGGCCUGCCACUUCAUCUCUUCCCUUCUCAAUGUGCCCAGGGAUACUAA